GGGCUGGAGAGGGCCGGAGAGGGCACUGGAAGCCCGGGCGGCUCUGAGCUCGGCCAGGGCAGGAAUGUUGUUUCUUCCCACCCGCUACCCUCUCCGAGCGCGGCCUGGCACACUCGGGCGUUCCGUUUGUGUAGUUUUUUGUGCAGUUUUUUUUGCCUGCCCUUGUGGGUGUUUGGGCACGUGUUACUCCGUGUGACGUUGUGACACCGAUUGGUUGUGAAAGUGACAGGGGCUCUGUGUGUGUCUAAUUUUUAAAAUAGACGCGAGUGGAUUUGUGUUUGAGACUAUAUGCGACUUUGGAGAGGCGACAGUAAGGGGUUUGUGAAUGAGAUUUUGCUACAUUGUGAAGUAUUGUGAUGGGCUCCGUGAGAUUAUGCAUGGCGCGUGUCGGUGGGAUUGGGAUUGUGUAGUGGGUGCUCAAACUGUACAUGUAAUUUUUGAAGUAUUUUGUAUGCACAGGUCUCAGCGACUAUGAAUGUGGCUGGUUGUGUAACUGAGGUGGAGUUUCUGAGAACUAGAUGCAUGAUUAGUUUAAAUAUGUAUUGUUUAGAUUAUCCCAGUAUUGGUUAUUUUGUAUGCCUGCAGAAUUUGAUUCUGUGGCAAUUAGACAAGUAAAAAAUAAAGAUUUUUAAAAUGAGAGGAUGAAGUAAAGUUAAAAUAAUUUUCAGAUGGCAGGAUAACAUAUUGGGAAACCCCAUAUCGACUAAUGUCCAAUAUGUUGAAAUGAGUAGAACCCAAAACUGACACUCUCAAAUUUCUGUUUGGGUGAUUUUUAUUUUUUAUUUUUUGUCCUGCUGCUGCUGCAGCUAGAUGAAUUCCUGCGCAGAUUUAAUAAUUCCUUCGGUCAUUGUGAAGACAAUAAAAAAUCUGUUGGACAUUUAAACAUGAUUAGUCCCAUCUUAUAAUAGUCAUUUUGCUAAAUAAAAUAUUCAUUGCAGAAAUCAAUACUUCAAACUUGUUUUAAAAGCAGAAAACUCUCCCUCCUGCUGGAAGCCUGCAAUUUCUUCUCUAUUCCCUCAACCUCUAUUUUGUCUCCUCUUUACUCCCUCUAGGUGGAUGAUCUCCAGCUAGAAUGGAUUGGGAGCUGGGAAAGGGAAGAGAAGUCAGGGACAGGAAGAGGCUAACAUGACUGGUACCAUUAUAAUUUAGUGUAAGUCAUCUCUUACCUUCUAAGGGAACCCGCUGCUGGGAACUUCCAAAUACACUUUUCUUUUCAUGGGCACAGCCACUUUCUCAGCUGCCUCCCCAGUACUUUCUCUGGAUAUAGUGGCCCAUGUGGUCUGGUGGGUCUUACUGUCUCUUCAGUCAGUUCUCUUGGACAGGAGGAUCCAAGCCAACCCAGGCAGGCUUCAUGCAAGGGUUCCUUAUCUAGAGCUCAGGUGAGAAUUAGCCACUUUAGUCACUUUACCGUCCUAAAUCCUGGAAACAUUUAUAAUUCUCCCACAAGUUUUCAUCACUUUGGUUUCCAGUGACAUCAGAGUGUGAGGGGCCCCUUGUAUGUUAUGAGGAAGGGAGAAGGACCCACUUUUCUCCCCCCUGGAAAACUAUGUUCUAAAAAUAAUUUACUCCCUUAAAGAGACACUCCCUUCUCUCAGCCUCUCCAGCCUCUUGAAGUUGGAGUUAAAUUAAUGGUAGAAAAACUUUACAGUCAGCUGCUUUAUAAGACUGUAUUUUAGAAUGAGGGAUACUUAGAAGCUUGUUUUACUCAUCAUCUUUGGAACAUCUGCUGAGAUUGAGGGAGAAAGAUUUCUAAGUUACCACCAUGUUAAAAAUGAACAAUUACAACAGAAAACUCAGAGGUUUGCUGGGGGGGAAAAACAUUAGCAAGGCACGGAUGUGUAUAUAUAUCUGCAUAGAUAUAGAUAUAUGGAUACAGGUAUCUAUAUAGAAAUAUAUAUCAGAAAACAUGAAAGUAACCAGUGGCCAUCAAAAAUAUGAGAUACAGAGGAUUGCAUGAGGUGUUCAAUUUUUUAAAAAAUAUUCCUUAGGGACUCAAAAAUAAGAUGGAUAAAAUGACAGGAAGACACAACAUGAUAAAAUGUCCAAACUCCCAAACAUUUCAUGCAGUUCAAUUAAAAUUUCAGUAGAACUUUUGAACUUUCUAAAGUGCUUAAGAGAAAAUGAACAAGCCAGAAAUUCUGAAAGAGAAAAGUAAUGAAGGGCGAAGUAGCCCUACGUGGCACUAAAAUGUGUUUUAAAACUGUAAUAACUGCAGAGUGAUCUUGGCAAUAACAAACACAUGAAUGGAACUAAAUAUAAAGUCCAGAUCUAGUCAAAUACAUAAAGGCAAUAAAAAAGAUGGCAGUUUCGAUGAGUGGAGGAAAUACAGGUUAUUGUAUAACCAGGUGGCGCAGUCUUUUUUUUUUUUUAAAGUUAUUUUUGCAUGGGAAAAUGAAGUCAAGUGAGAAAGUAUAAAAAAUUACUUUAAGUAAAUACAGGAUUAAUUUUCUUCCUUUAAAAAGGAUCUAAUAUCAAUCUAGAAAAUAAAAAUAACCUAAUAGAAAAGCGAAAGAAUUGUAAGAUAAAAAACCAAAGAUGGUUUUUAAACUUACGAAAAGAAUCUUAUCUUCUCUCAUAAUAAGAAAAAUAAAAACUAGAAGCACAAUUUAUACCUAUUAGGCAAGCAUUAAGAAGUUCAUAUCAGUAAUAUUCAUCAGGGGUGACGGCUAUUCUCAUAUAUUGCUGGUUAUAGUAUAAAUGGUAAAGCUUUAAUGGACAGCAGCUUGGAAGUAGUUAAUAUCAGUAGGCUGCUUAGGCAAGAAAAGAUGGUGCUAGAGGGGAAGGGAACUUUCCCAAAAUUUAACCUGUUGCCCCAAGAACCUGUAUCUCUGAUUUUGGGGAUAAAAUAAGAUUUGUCUAGCUAGUCUCCCCCCUAUAUUAUUGAUGUGGGAUGUUCUGAGUUGACAAGGGCCAAAACAAGGGAAAUGGAAGCAAUUUUAAUUUGAGUCAUAAGAGAGCUGUAAGGCAUGUGUGUGGCGUUACAGGGCUGGCAUCUUUUCAUCUUGGCUUUGCCUUCUUAGGAACCACCCCUUUUCCAAAGAGGAUCCCAAAGGAGGACUGGUCAUCUCUUGCAAGUCUCAAAACCAUGGCUCAGUGGCCUACAACCCAGAGACCAAAUCCAAACUGAUGUCGGCUUUUGUACAAACUGGGUUAGUGUCAUUCAAUGAUGUGACUGUGGACUUCACACAGGAGGAAUGGCAGCACCUGGAUCCUGCUCAGAAGACUCUAUACAUGGAUGUAAUGUUGGAAAACUAUUGCCACCUCAUUUCUGUGGGGUGUCACAUGACCAAGCCUGAUGUGAUCCUGAAGUUGGAACGAGGAGAAGAGCCAUGGACAUCAUUGACAGGUCACACCUGCUUAGAAAAAAAUUGGAAAGCCGAAGACUUUUUAGUGAAAUUCAAGGAAUGCCAAGAUAAGUAUUCUAGAUCAGUUGUAUUCAUCAGUCACAAAAAACUGAUUAAGGAGAACAAUAAUGUGUAUGACAAGACAUUUACUUUAAGCAAAACCCCUAUAAAUUCAAAAAAUAUAAUUCCUGAAUAUGACCAUGAUGGAAAGAUUUUUAAAAAUGUGUCAGAAUUAAUCAUUAGUAAUCUAAGUUCUGCAAGAAAGAGGCAUAGUGAGUAUAAUGGAUAUGAGAAAUCACUCUUCAGUGCUAAACCAGAGACAGCUCACCAUGGAGUCAAACCCCAUAAUCAAAAUGGUAGGGCUAUCAGUCAUAAUGAAGUGCUUAUGCAGUAUCAUAAGAUGGAAACUCCAGCACAGUCAUUUGGGUAUAAUGACUGUGAGAAAUUAUUGCUUAAAAAAGGAGGCUUAUUUACAUAUCAUAGAGCAUACAUAAAUGAAAACCCAUCUGAAUAUAAUAAAAGGAGAAGAACAACCAAUAUUGAAAAAAAACAUAUUUGCCCUGAAUGUGGGAAGUCCUUCUGCAGGAAGUCAGUACUGAUUCUGCAUCAGGGAAUUCACACAGAGGAAAAACCCUAUCAAUGUCAUCAAUGUGGAAAUUCAUUUAGAAGGAAAUCAUAUCUCACUGAUCAUCAGAGAACUCACACAGGAGAGAAACCCUUUGUUUGUAAUGAAUGUGGUAAGUCCUUCCGUUUAAAGACAGCCCUCACUGAUCAUCAGAGAACACAUACAGGGGAGAAAUCAUAUGAGUGUCCACAGUGUAGGAAUGCCUUCAGAUUGAAGUCACACCUCAUUCGUCAUCAGAGAACUCAUACAGGAGAGAAACCAUAUGAGUGUAAUGACUGUGGGAAGUCUUUCCGCCAAAAGACAACUCUCUCUCUACAUCAGAGAAUUCAUACAGGAGAGAAGCCCUAUAUUUGUAUAGAAUGUGGGAAGUCCUUUCACCAGAAGGCAAACCUUACUGUACAUCAGAGAACUCAUACAGGGGAAAAGCCUUAUAUUUGUAAUGAAUGUGGGAAAUCCUUCUCCCAGAAAACAACCCUUGCUCUUCAUGAGAAAACUCAUAAUAAGGAGAAACCCUAUAUUUGUAAUGAAUGUGGAAAGUCCUUCCGCCAGAAGACAACCCUUGUAGCACAUCAGAGAACACAUACUGGUGAAAAAUCUUAUGAAUGCCCUCACUGUGGGAAGGCCUUUAGAAUGAAGUCAUACCUCAUUGAUCAUCACAGAACUCACACAGGAGAGAAACCAUAUGAAUGUAAUGAAUGUGGAAAAUCGUUCAGUCAGAAGACAAAUCUUAAUCUACAUCAGAGAAUUCAUACAGGGGAAAAACCCUAUAUUUGUAAUGAAUGUGGAAAAUCCUUUCGCCAGAAAGCAACCCUCACUGUACAUCAGAAAAUACAUACAGGUCAGAAAUCCUAUGAAUGUUCUCAGUGUGGGAAAGCCUUUAGCAGGAAGUCAUAUCUCAUUCAUCAUCAAAGAACUCAUACAGGAGAAAAACCAUACAAAUGUAAUGAAUGUGGGAAGUGCUUCCGCCAGAAAACAAAUCUCAUUGUACAUCAGAGAACUCACACGGGGGAGAAACCCUAUAUUUGUAAUGAGUGUAGUAAGUCCUUCAGUUAUAAGAGAAACCUCAUUGUCCAUGAGAGAACUCACAAAGGAGAAAAAAUGAAAAUGCAAUAAGAUGUGAUUUCUUUGGUAAGCCUUCCUUCCCAAGUUAUUGUAAAACUUUAGCUUUUUUUAAAGCAUGCUAAUGUAAUUUUAAUCACAAAUGUAAUAAUGGUUAUUAAUUUAAAGUACCAUACAGCAUAACUGUUUUACUGCUUACUAGCAUAAAUAUGAGUGUCAUCGUUGUUACUGAACUCUGUCAGCAAUGAAUCUAAAUUUUUGUUUUCAAGUUAUGACUCAGUUUACUUUCUAAAAACUUAUACAUGGAGAGGGAAGGUUUUAAAAUGACUAUAAGCAUUAGUCUCCAUAAGAGAAAUGAAAUAUGAACUAUAUUCCUCAUUGCAUUCAGUGAAUAAAAAGUAGUUGUUACUUCCCCAAAGAUUAUCACUUCCCUGGCGUAUAACAUCAUGAAGUAGUUUUUGCAUGUCUUUACAUAUUUUUAUCAUACAUCAUGAAUUCUUUUGUGUCCCUUUUCACUCAACAUUCUGAAGAGUUGCACAUUAUUGUAUGUAGCAGUAGUGUUUUCAUAUUCAUUUUGUAUAGUAUUCCACUUUAAGAAUAUACCACUGUUUAUCCUCUUGAUGGUUAUUUGUAUUUUUUAUAAUUUUGUGUUGUAAUAAAAAUACUGCCACAAA